AUGAAGCGUCUCUGUCGGAGGGUGGCGGUGGCUGUGGCGGUGCUGGUGUGGCUGGGAGCACUGGUUUACCUGCUGGUGCUCAGCCGGAGGAGGCUGCCGGAGCUCGAGCUACAGAUGUCGGAUGCAGAGUGGGAGGACAUGUUGGAGGGUUUCGACGAGCGCGGUUACCUGAGCGCUCGCCGCUGGAAGCCCGGCGACGACCCGUACACGCUGUACGCCUUCAACCAGAGGGAGAGCGAACGCAUCCCCAGCAACCGGGCCCUGAGAGACACACGACACUACAGGUGCACCACUCUUCAUUACGACUCGGAUCUUCCUCCAACCUCCAUCAUCAUCACCUUCCACAACGAGGCCAGAUCCACCCUGCUGCGCACCAUCAGGAGUGUUUUGAACAGGACCCCAGUUCAUCUCAUCCAUGAGAUCAUUCUGGUGGACGACUUCAGUGACGACGAAAGUGACUGCCAGCUUCUCACCAAACUGCCCAAAGUCAAAUGUCUUCGCAACAACAAGAGAGAAGGUCUGAUCAGGUCCAGGGUUCGUGGGGCCGAUGCUUCGAGGGCCGGGGUCCUCACCUUCCUGGACAGCCACUGUGAGGUCAACAAGGACUGGCUGCCCCCCCUUCUGCAGAGGAUCAAACAGGACCCAACCUGUGUGGUCAGCCCGGUCAUCGACAUCAUCAACAUGGACACUUUUGCCUAUGUGGCGGCUUCGGCUGAUCUCCGUGGAGGUUUUGAUUGGAGUCUCCAUUUCAAGUGGGAGCAGCUAUCAGCUGAACAGAGAGCUCGUCGGACCGACCCGACCCAGCCUGACAGGACUCCCAUCAUCGCGGGCGGCCUCUUCGUGAUUGACAGGUCCUGGUUCAAUCACCUCGGCAAAUACGACACGGCCAUGGACAUCUGGGGCGGGGAGAACUUCGAGAUCUCGUUCCGGGUGUGGCAGUGCGGUGGCAGUCUGGAGAUCCUGCCCUGCAGCAGAGUGGGUCACGUCUUCAGGAAGAAACACCCGUACGUCUUCCCGGACGGAAACGCCAACACGUACAUCAAGAACACACGUCGCACGGCUGAGGUGUGGAUGGACGACUUCCGUCUCUUUUACUACUCUGCUCGGCCUGCAGCACGAGGGAAAUCAUACGGAGAUAUCCGAGGCAGAGUGGAACUGCGCAAGAAGCUCAAGUGCAAAUCCUUUAAGUGGUACUUGGACAACGUCUACCCAGAGCUCAAGGUCCCAGACGACUCUGACUCUCAGUCCGGGGUGAUCAAACAGCGGCAGAACUGUCUGGAGUCCUGCCGGCUGGAGGGCCAGGAGCUGCCCGUCCUCACGCUGGCCCCCUGCAUAGGAACAGACGGGGUCCCCGCCAUCAACCAGGAGUGGGUGUACACUCACGGGCAGCAGAUCCGACAGCAGCAGCUCUGUCUGUCUCUGUCCACCACCUUCCCGGCCUCCCAGGUCCUCCUGAUGCCCUGCAACAUGGCCGACGGCAAGCAGCGGUGGCAGAAGUCGGGGACUCACCUGGAGCACCUGGUGUCCCGGUUCUGCCUGGACUCGGAGAUGGCUCUGGACGGGAUGGACUCCUCCCGAAUGCUGGUCAUCAGCCCCUGUGAACUGAGUGCGUACACACAGAGAUGGGAGGUCCCCUUCUCCUGACCCCUUGACCCCGUGACCUUUCACCUCCACAAUG